AAGGCCAAUUAGAUUCUAAUGAUAGCUUCAAAGAUGUUCCGACACGCAGUGGUUCUCGUUGUUAUUCUAUGGGGUCUAUGGAUACCCUGUGCUGUAUCUUACAGUAUAUCUGGACGAAUAGUUGGUGGAAAAAAUGCCAACGACAUAGACCUGCCAUGGAUGGUGUCAAUAAGAAGCUCCGGAACACACAUCUGUGGCGGAUCCAUCAUAAACAAGCGAACAAUUCUGACAGCUGCCCAUUGCUUGAAAUACGGUAAUCCGAAGCUAUUGAAAAUUAGAGUUGGUUCGAAGUACAAGUCGUCAGGAGGACAACUUGUUGAUGUGCAAACUGUGAGCUAUCAUUCGGACUUUCUAUCCUCGACUAUGGAUUACGAUAUUGGAGCAAUCCGAUUGGCGGAAGAUCUAGAAUUUUCAGACUCUGUCCAACCAAUUGCAUUGCCAGCUGCUGGUGAAGAUGUUGACGAAGGAGCUAAGGGUGUUGUAAGCGGUUGGGGUUACUAUACGCCUUUUGGACCCGAAGCUCAGUACCUGCAGUAUGCCGAAAUAACAAUGAUCAACCAGGCCACUUGCAACCGAUUGCUUCGGGACGAAUUGACAGAUCGGAUGGUGUGUGCCGGAGUCUUGACUGGUGGAGUUGACGCAUGUCAAAUGGAUUCGGGUGGCCCUCUGGUGGUGAGAUCAAAACUCGUUGGUAUCGUGUCAUGGGGCAUUAGCUGUGCUCUUCCAAACAAGCCAGGUGUUUACACAAGGGUCUCCGAAUUAGUGCCUUGGGUGGAGAAAUAUUUGAACCGUUUCGGUGAAACUUUAGAAUAAAAUAAAGCUCAAAAUAGAAGCAUAA